GUGAUCAGAACUGAGCACAGACGGUGUCAACCUGAAUGUUUAAAGCCCCCCCCCCAGACCUGAAGAGGCAGGGAUCAGUCUGUCACAACACCCCACACUAAAUGGGAUGCAUGCCCAGCUGUAGGAAGUAUAUCACUCUGCAGAGAAACGAGGAAGCUUUUGUCCUCUUUUAGGGCUAAAUUGUUGCAGAAAUGAACGAGGGAGGAGUGGCGAACCACCUCCCCCCUGGUACUGAGCCAGUGGUGGAUCAAGAUACUGGACCAAACACUAAGGACAGUCCCGAAACCAAGACAACACAGGAAGCGCUCUUAGAUGGCCCAAAAGAGACACGCAGUUUAGGCCCAAACCCCGUGGAGAAUGCCCCUUCAGAGAUGGAGGUCAAAGAUGAAGUCAAAGGUGAAGCUGUCGUGGACUGGUUUGAGCCACUUGAAGAUGACGAUGACCCAGACGAUGAAAGCCUAGCAGGAGAAUCUGAGAGCGUUGCAGGCAGCGUUAUCAUGGCCGUAAGCGAACCCACCCUGAUGAAGGGUGGAUCGAUUGGCCGAUGCUUCAAGAAGGUUGGAAACGCAAAGAGGUCAUUCGACGUUCAGGAUCAAGCAUCGGCCAGAAAGACGUGUAUUACCUCGGCCCGCGAGGUGAACGAGUGAGAAGCAAAGUCGAACUGACCACCGUGUUCCAGGGACUGCUCGACCUGACUAAAUUUGACUACAAGUCGGGCAAGUUUUUCAACAGAGAAUCCGCCCCCGUAAGAGUUCGAAAUAGAGUAAAGAAAAAGUUUCGGGAGCGCUCCUCCUCUGAGUCCAGUUGGAUGGAGAGAGGAGACGGGGCGGAGACUCCUGACUCCUACCACCGGCUCACCCCAAACCUCGGGCCCAAAAAUCUCCAACAGAACCAGACAAGUGUUCACUUGAACAACCCACCAGGAGCGCCUCAACAAAGGUACGAAGCUGAAGUAACGGAGGAAAAGAUCAGGCUACCAUCAUCGUCGACUCGGCAGCUUUCGCUGCCUUCAGUGAUGGGAGAAUUUGGAUCAGAAGACAGCAUUCUGGACUGUUCCACGUGUGGCAACUCUUUCACCGGUACAUGGUACGACAAGCAAAGAAAGAGGCCCUGCUGUCCUGCCUGCUGGGCGGUGUCAAAAGCAAAAGUGCAUCCGAUGAUCCGUUUCAGAAAGUGGAUUCCUUGUGGUCAGUGUGUGGGAUGUCACAACUCUGUCAACUGUGGGCAGUGUGCCAACUGCAAACACGGGCUGCUGAGCCCCGAAGCCAGGAGGCGCAUCUGCCGCAAACGCAAAUGCAUAUGUCCCAUUCGCAAGAACCCUGAGAGCAAGUUUAUGAGUCCUUAUGAUGACGACGAUGACGCUGAAAUGUACGAUGAAAACUCCAGUUUCCAGAAUGAAACCACCGACUCCCAGCACCCAAGUCUCAAAAGCAGCGACACAGAGAACUUCUCCGUCAACGUGGACCUUAACUCGGACUGUAACGCAGACCUCAACGCAGACCUCGAUGAGGACGACGCGUCGACAGAUGAUGACGAUGAU